AUGGCCGCUCCUAUUAGCCCUGCCCAAGCCCAGGGCGAUUUCGAAAAGCAGAUCCAGGCCGAGAACCGCGUUAUCAGUGACUUUCCCAAUAAGGAUAAGGAAAGCGACUCUGACGAUGGCUCUGAGACAAAGCAAGAUGGUGUCAAGCGUGUCGAGGCCAUCACCAAAAUCUGGUCUCCUGGUAUGAUGUGGGCUGUCUUCAUCUUUCUGGUGCCUUAUGUGACCUCUUCAUUCAACCAGCACGGCCUGUUGGCUAUCACUAGCGUCUUCGGAAGCAUCAUUGCUGGAGUAUCCAAGCUCGCAAUUGCCAAAAUCAUCGAUAUCCGUGGACGCAAUGAGGGUUUCAUACUGAUGAUUCUCAUUAUCAUUGUUGGAAUGAUCAUGAAGGCUUGUUGCCAGAAUGUUGAGACCUAUGCCGCUGGACAUACCUUCUACUGGGUUGGACACGUUGGUUUAAGCUACAUCAUCGAUGUCGUCCUCUCUGACAUGACCUCUCUCCGUAACCGCAUGAUCAUGUUUGGUCUGUACAUGAGCCCUCGGCUUGCUUCGACCUUCGGUGGCCCUACGAUUGCCGACCUCUUCUACAAGCAUUCGACCUACCGAUGGGCUUUCGGCUCGUUUUGUAUCAUCCUUGUUUUCUUCUCAAUCCCUGUAUCGGCCAUCUUUAUGUGCCAUGAGAUCAAGGCCAAGAAGCUUGGAUACCUGCCUGAGAAGAGCCAGCGCAGUGUUUGGGAAUCUACCAAGCACUACGUUGUGGAGUUUGACGUUGUUGGUAUGGUCCUUACCAUUGCUGGCUUCUCUUUGAUCCUGACCCCCCUCAACAUUGCCACGAGAGCACCCAACGGCUGGAAGACUGGCUACAUCAUCGCUAUGAUCGUUGUCGGUGUUGUAUGCCUCUUCGGGUUCGCUGCCUGGGAGAAGUGGUAUGCCAAGGUCCCCUAUGUUCCCUUCAAGUUUCUCAAGGACCGAACUAUUUUGGGUGCUUGCCUUCUCAGCGCUUUCCUGAACAUGUCUAUCUUUGCCUGGGAUACCUAUUACAACUCGUAUCUCCAGGUCGUUCACGGUCUCGGUAUUGCUACCGCUGGAUACACACUCAACGCCUUCUCUGUCACGUCGACCAUUUUGGCACCAUUCAUCGGACUUUUCCUCCGUUGGUAUGGAAGAUACUACUGGCCUGCUGUAUUCGGCAUUCCUUGGUGUGUGCUUGGCACGGCGCUCCUCAUUCACUUUCGACAACCUGGCAACGACAUUGGGUACCUUGUCAUGUGCCAGGUUUUCCACGGUGUUUGCGGUGGUAUUUGGGCUAUGACCGGACCUCUUGCCAUCAUGACCCAGGUCACUCAUCAGGAGAUUGCUGUCGUCCUCGCCCUCUACUCCAUGUUUGGCUCCAUCGGACAGGCCAUCGGAUUUGGAAUAUCAGGCGCUCUUUGGACCAACGAUCUACCUACAGAGAUAUACAAUGCCCUUCCUCAGGACGCCAAGAAUCAGACUGCUGCUCUUUAUGGCGACAUGAAACUUCAGAUGGCUGAUCCUAUUGGUACUCCUAUCCGAGAUGCUGUUGUUUACGCCUACGGCGUUGUCCAACGCGAGAUGGUUAUCGCUGGUUGCGCUUUCCUGCCUUUGAUUUGUAUUUGCGUUCUUGUCUGGCGUAACAAGCCCAUCGACAAGCAGCAGACCAAGGGAAACGUCUUCUAG